CCUACAGCGCCAAGUGAACCUGUCCAGCAGAUGGAGAUCAAUAUUGGCAUUAAAUGUAAGGUCUAAUGUUUAGAAUUACAGUACAAAGAGUCAAAGAUAGCUCGAAUUGGAAACUGGCAAUUCAUAUGAAAUGGACUUAUUUUGUUCCUAUUUCUAAUGGGAUCUUGUGUCAGAAUGCAUUGAAUUCAUUUUGGCAACAUCAUUCAAUAAAAGGUUAUACGAUUAAUUGGUUUAACCGACAUCAUUUCAGAUUAUGGCAAAUGAUACAAAUAUGGAAAUUCAGAGUUUUCAUCUCUGAUUAUAUCUUUAGCCUCCUCAGGGGAAAUAUUAAACGGCUGUGAGGGGUCAAGUUUUCAUAUUUCCUCAAAUGAGCUCUGCAGAAAAGGUGUAAAGAGACUUGGAACUCUAACUAGAAAUAGCAGCUCAUUUGGAAGAUGAUGAAAAUGUGUUCAACACGUCAAACGUCCAAGUUGUGGUCCAUACUAUUACACUCUGCUCAUUGAAAAUAAAGUUUAUUCCGUCUUUCUUUCUUCUUCAAAGAAGCACAAUUUUAUAAAGCCUCCUCGCUUUACUUGUUUUUCCUUUGCUCUUUUUUUCUUCCAUAAACCAAACUUUGUUAUCAGGAAAUGGCUACAACCUGUGAGAGGUGCAAAGUGAUUGAGAAGCAAAAGUAUUGGGAAGAGUUCGAUAAACAUCGGUUCUUCAAAGUAAUGAUGAAUGAUUUCAGGCCUAGAUUGCGCAUUCCACACAAGUUUGUGAUAAAUUUAAAGGACAGUUACAAACUGUUGGGCCGAAAAAUUCUUAGGGGUCCCAGUGGCAAUACAUGGACAGUUGAGGUUAAGAAAAGAGAAGAUAAUGAUUAUGUGUUUUGCAAUGGUUGGGAACAGUUUGUCAAAGACCAUUGUUUGGAAGAAGCAGAUCUGUUAGUAUUCAAGAUGAAAAGCUUUUCAUGUUUUGAUGUCACUAUUUUUGACCUUAGUGCGUGCGAGAAAGAGGAGACUUUCUUUGUCAAGAAAAAUAGGAACCCAUGUAAACAUCCAGAUGAAGUAACAGAUGAACAUACAAGUGAUCAAGAAGAGAGUAGUGAAAAUGGACAUUCAACUGAGGAAGAAAGUUAUGGAAAAAAGUAUGUGUUUCAUUCAUCUCAGCUUAGAAAAGGGAAGAAGAUGAAGAAAAUCUUGAUAGCCAAGCAGCAGAUCAAUAGGAAAAGGGAAUGUACACCUUCCUCAACGUGCAAGAGAAACAUUGAACCUGAGGAAAAAAUGCCCAUAUUCUCAAACCGACACAGAGAGGAAGUUUUUCAACAGGCUUCAAGACACAAAUCUUCUGUGCCUUCUUUUCUAAUGACAAUGCAGCCUACCCAUGUCUACUUGGGUCAGCUGAAACUGCCAAAGAAAUGGGCAAACAGAUACAUGAGGAAGAAAUAUGAGACAAUUAACCUGAGAAUCCCUUCAAGUGGAAGGAGGUGGGCAGUUGCAGUUAGUUACAGACAGGAAGGACUUGUGAUGCAGAGUGGUUGGGAAGAUUUUGUUAUGGAUAAUGAUUUGGAGGAGUUUGAUAUCUGCGUCUUUGAACUAGCUCAAGGAGGAAAGCACAACUUAAUACCAGUUGUUUUAGAUGUUUACAUAUAUACAUCGUGUUAAUAUGAGACCAUCUUGUUCCAACAGCACAUCUAUUGACUAGAUUGCUACUUGAUUUGCAUUUGAGAUUUAAGUAUGUUAUGUUCUUCUAUCAUGGACAGUUAAAAGUACCUAGUUGUCUUGUGAUAUUGGUUGGCUUGUUUUGUUAAUGUAUUACUCUGGGAUUUCAAUAAUUUUAUUCAGUA